AUUUGUUACUACAUGUUAAAAUAUACCGAUAAUAGUAUUAAAUUAUUAUUUUUACACUAGUAUAGUCUAGAGUAGUUUUUUUUUUUUUUUUUUUGUGUAGCAUGCAAAUGAAGAGUAUUUUAGUAUUAAAGUUUUGAGAGUGGAUCUGAACUUGUAUCUCAAAAAUUCAUAGUUCCAAGGCCAUAGUAUUCUCUGCUUUGCUCUUCAACAUGUAAAUGAUCUGCCUUGUAAAUCCAUGGUAAUUGUUGGAAAAGUAGAAGUAUUCGUGGUGGAGAAGGUAUUUUCCGUAAGAUUUUCAAGUGUCUGUAAGGGAAGUAGAAGAGUGAGAAAAUGAGAUCUAUAGAGGAUAAAGGAUGUUUGAAUUAUGGACAAAAACAACAAGAGGUUGUAGGAGGUAGUAGUAUGAAUUUUGAGUUUCAUGGAACAAAUCGAGCUUCGACUCAUCAUAGAACAGCAGCAUUAGGUAAACCAACACCAUCAAAAUGGGAUGAUGCACAAAAAUGGUUAGUUAAUCUAUCAAGAGGAGAAAAACAUCAAUCGAAAGCCACACCUCGAAACUCGAAUGCUGAUGAUUUAAGGUUGAUUGCACCUGUUCCAAAGAAAGAAGAGUAUUCGAGUGACGAUGAAGGAGAUUCUAGUAUGAUUCAAUUUGAAGUUGAAACAAAGAAAGUUGAUUGUGAUGAAUCAAUAUGGAGAGUAAAUAAGAAUAAUUCUGCAUCCGUUGUUCGAUCGAUAUGUGUUAGGGAUAUGGGAACAGAAAUGACACCAAUUGCCAGCCAAGAACCAUCAAGAACAGCAACACCAAUUAGAGCAACAACUCCAGCGGUAAGAAGCCCAAUAUCAUCAGGAUCUUCUACUCCUAUUAGGGGACAAAAUGGGACAAUCGAAAAUGGUCAAAUUGUUGCCAACAUUGGUCAGAACAGGGGAAAUGCAGGGACAACACGAAUUGUUCGUGAUGUAGAGGAAACUGUUGACAAUGAAUUAGCAGCUAAGAAGGAAACAGAUCAUCCCAACAAGGUUAAUCCACUCGAGACUCGUGCAAUGGCGUGGGAUGAGGCUGAACGCGCUAAGUAUAUGGCAAGGUAUAAGCGCGAAGAGGUGAAAAUACAAGCUUGGGAAAAUCAUGAAAAGAGGAAAGCUGAAAUGGAAAUGAAAAGAAUGGAGGUGAAGGCAGAGAGAAUUAAAGCAAGGGCAGAGGAGAAGUACAAAAACAAAUUGGCAGCAUCAAGAAGAAUAGCAGAAGAGAAAAGAGGUAAUGCAGAAGCAGAGUUGAAUGAAAAAGCUGUGAAGACAUCAGAAAAGGCAGAUUAUAUAAGGAGGACUGGUCAUCUUCCUUCUUCUUUCUCUUUUAAGUUACCUUCUUCUUUCUGUUGGUAAUAAUACUAUCCAUUUAUGUACCUAUAUUCACAUUUACUAACUAUUAGUACUAGUAACUUUCUUUCUUAA